CUUUUGCAGUGCAGAUAGACUGUGAAGGGGGCGUGCCGGUGCAGCACACAUAUCCGCUGCUCCUCAACGGACUAAUCGUUAUGAUGUUUGAAACACGUUUUUAAUGAACUUUUAAAGCACGUAGGAAAAAUCCUGAACUUGUUUCAACUGCAGCAGACCAAACUGUAUCGGUCGUUUUGGUAAAAUCCACCGUUUUUCAAUGAAUUGUACCAGGGUUCUUCAUAUCCUGAACACAAGGCCGAUGCCAGGUCCAAUUAUGCCCGUGGAUGUAGCUAUGAGAAUCUGUUUGGCACACUCGCCGCCUCUUCACAGCUUCUUUAGUUCAUAUGAGAACUACAAGUCCAGGAACUUAAUCCACCAGUACAAACCCCUGAGAUCCUGCAUCAGCUCCAGGACAGAAGUUGAAACAACAGACAUAGAAUGGAAGAAUCCCAAGACCAAAGCUAAGAAGAAAGUGGUUUUCGCUGAUUCCAAAGGCAUGUCAUUAACAGCAGUUCACGUGUUCAAGAUCGAGGAAGACCUAUCAGACCUGCAGUUUGAAUUAUCAGACCUGGAGGAAGCCAUCGUUGGCAUGAAAGUCGAUAAAGAUAAAAGUUACGUUUUGGACUUCCCUCAGCCAGCUGCAGAUUAUCUGGACUUCCGAAACCGUCUAAAGAAGAACCUGGUAUGUUUGGAAAACUGUGUCAUUCAAGAGCGAUCGCUCACCGGCACGGUGAAAGUUACCAAUGUGAGCUUUGAGAAAGUCGUCCAUGUGCGAAUAACAUUCGACUCGUGGAGAAGUAACACUGACAUUCCUUGCACUUACAUGAAUAACGUUUAUGGUUGCGAAGACGUCGACACUUUCUCGUUUUCCGUUGACCUUCCGAGUUUUGUGCAGCAAGAUGAGCGGGUAGAGUUCUGCAUAUCCUACCGAACAAACGAUACGACACACUGGGACAAUAAUGAUGGGAAAAAUUACAAGUUGAUACACACAGAGAACGACCACAGUCAGGCUAACCACGUCAUGCAGAAGACAACGACAGAUUUCAAGAAUCAAGCUAAACGGCCAGAGAUGGAGUUUGAUCAGUUUGGGAGCCCGAGGACAUCGAACGGCUUUUUCCCGGAGUGGCAAAGCUGGGGCCACAUUGAGAACACCACCCCCUACUGGUGACAUUAAAAAGGCCCACUGAUGAAACAGUGGUUAAAGCACAAAUGCAGACUAGUAGAAAUGAGAAAUGAUGUCGUCAAUACAAAAGACCUUUUUUUGGCCGUGUUUGUCUGCAAAUUUCGAUGAGGUCGGUGAAUUAUUUCGGAUAAACACAUUAGAUACAUGUGGGUCAGGUUUGGGCUCCAAAAUAAUGCAAAAUUUGAGAGUAACCAUGUUAACACUAUGUGAUGCCAAUAACUGAAAUUAAAAAAUCUAAUUAUAUAUAGCACUUUACGCAGUUUCCUAGAUCUGAGAAUGGGGUAAAACUGUAGUUUUCCUAACAUAGAUGCCUUCCUACAGUAUGUGAUUCUUGGAAAUUGUCAGUUUUACUGUAAUCCAAUGCAACAUGUUUCUAAAUAUCCUUGUUUGAAGUGAACGACAAGCAUUUGUUCCUAAAUAUAUUCUUCACUUUACUAUUUUGUUACCUUAAAGGGAAAACAUUUUAGUUGAAAGCAUCAGUCUUACUCUCCUCUGAAGUCGCUGCAUUUCGUCAGUCCUGCUUGUGAAAUGUGAUCCUUUAAUGUCUAAUAAGUUAUCCUAAAAAUGAGAUGAACCAGUAUGCUUUUUGUAAUGCUCAGAUUAUAAAAUGUGAUCAUCUGGUACACUAUGAGAUUGCUUCAUAUUGAAGUUAUUUGUAUCUCAUUUCAUACUACCAGUUGACUUUCUAGCGAAUACAAAUAAGCAUGACGCACUAUAAGGAAGUCCACGAAAGAUAAUGAUGCCCAUUAAGUGCUAAAUUCCUACUGAACUUCCAGAAUUUCCUACAUCUGUUUUGCUUUUUAAAAGCUGUGCACUCAGUGUAUUUUACACCUUUUUCCUGCAACAUUUUGCUGCUAUGGUUUUGUGUGUGUGUGCCUGUAUUUUCUGCUGCGUGGUUGAUGACGUGUGUGGAAUCUUCCAGUGUGUUUGGAUGGUAAACAAUGAGGGCCUUUGGAUGUAACUUUAGGGAAUUCAUCGUAAGUAUGGAAAAGUGGAGAAAUAUAAUCCAGAAUGAGGUUAUUUGUCGCGUUUUCAUGCUUGUUUUCCCUUUUUACCGUUUGAUGUCGAUGGUUAAUAUUGAUUGUGAACUGUGAUGAACUGUGCUGGCUGCUGUAAUUGUUGAGAGGGAUUACGUAGGUUGAAUGUAAAAAUUGGUUUGCACAAGUUAUGGUUUAUGCCUACAUAUUUUUCUACUGCAAAGAUGCUUGCUUGGAAAAUUGUUGUACUAUACUCUUUGUUCCUUUUAGAAAUAAAACCUAAUGUUUAUAUAAUAA